AAUUCUGCGAACUGCCCUUGGAACUGCCCUAUUUCUCCGUUCAAACUUUGGAGAAAAACCAUUCGGCCCUGUCUAAAUAUUUUUGAGAAAUUCAAAGUGUACGUGUUUCUGGGGACCCCAAACUUCAUGCUUUCCCUCGAGUUGAGUCUGCGCAGUCAUUUUUUGUGAUUUUUUGUUGGUCAAGGAGCCAUUACACUACUGCAAACAAACAAACAAAAUCGCACUUUUUCGUGUUUGAAAGUUUGCCAAACUCGCAAACAAGGCAAAAUGUAUGCAGGCUGACGUUUGUACAAACAAACAAAGCAGGCAAACUGUCAAAAGUGAGUGUUUGUUUGUUUGUUUGCCGUAGUGUAAUAGCUCCUUCAGUGUUACUUUUUAUGGAACAAAAUAAAUUGACGAGACGAUAUUUGACGAUGGAUGACGAUGUCCCCCUUGAAACCAGCUGUCAAGGAAGAGACUUUCUGUCAAGAAAAGUCGCAGAACUUUUCAGCACUGUUGGCUCUGUUUUGAAUUGUAUCAUCUAGAGGAAAAUCAGGUAUUCCAACGGGCACCUAAUGUUGGCACAUCAGCACUUUGUCGUUCGAUUUCAGCAUUUAAAAACUUUUUGAUCUGGACAAUUCCCACUAUGAUAUUUUGUAUGGAGAAAAAACCAAGGAGUGGUUAAAAUGUCUUAUUUGAAGGCGACGUGAUUUCUGCCCGAAUUUUACAUUAGAUGGGCAUUUUGUCCGUUAGAAACAAAGUUCGGACCUUUUGAUUUUCGACCUUUCAAGGCUCAUUACCAAGUGCGUAUAUCGCUUUUGGGGCAACUCUGGAUUUGAUAUUAUCCACCAAAUUUAAAUUGAAUUUUGCCUUUCUUCGGCUUCUUUAGAGAUCCGAAAAUAAAUUUUGAGAAAAAAAAACACUUAUUAUUCUGAUUAUGAGUGUAGUUUUGCCAAACUCAAACUAAAAAAAUGGCAAGCUUUGAUAAGCGUGUUAAAAGUAAGCCUCUUUUGUUUUUGUUUUCGUCUGUUUUUCGGUCUCGUUUACCUGUCGGAUUUUCUCCGAUUCGCAAAAAAAUUCGAUGACUCCAAAAUGAACGUAAAGAUCUACCUGUCCUCGAAGCUGGUCGAGCACUGCACCUUCUGCCAUCUGUACGGCGUGAUCGAGGUGCAGCGGGACGAAAUCCGGUUCGUGGUGCUGGACCGCCGGCUGCUCCCGGGAACGUACCUGAUUGGGGAAAUUUGCAGCGAGUCCGACUACCGGCGCUUUCAGGAGGGUGCGGCCACGGAUCGCGACCGGGACGCGCUGCUUCAGGAGGAGAACUUUCUGCGGCUGUCGGUUUCGGACCGGGGUGGCCGCAUCAAGCACGUCACGACCAAGGUGAAGGGCGUAACGAUUGAGACGUUGGACAAGAUUUUGAUUAUUUACGACGAGCGGGGCUUUUCGAAUUUGGCCGAGAACCGAACGGUGGAGGAGGGUGACGGCGGGGAGAAUGAUUUGCUGCAUUUGGCGCGGUUGAUAAAAUCGGCCAAGCCGGCGCGGAACUCGGCGCUGCAGGAUGCGCUUGGGUGGGCGGUUGCGAGUCCGGUUACGGGAACGGUGCGGAUGGUGGCGUGGCCGCUGGUGGUGCUGUUGCGCGUGCUGCUCAAGAAGACGGCCUUGUACUUUCACUUUUCCGAGUGGGUGGCCAGCGUGAGGAGGAAGGGGUUUGAGGGGGCAAAAUGGGCACUCUUGUUCGACAUUGGCUUCGGCGUGAUGGUCCUGUCGGCGGUGCUGUACUUUGGCAACCCAGGAGCAUACUUUAUGGAAUCGGCCGAGCUGGUCAUCAACUACCUUCGGGAAUUGUUGCAAACUCUCCGGGGAAGUCCGAUUGGGCUGAAGCUCAACGUCCCGUUGAACAACUUCUUCCUGAGUUGCUUCCUGUACCACGUGGAUCUCUGGUGGACGUUUCUGAUCAUCGUGUCGCCCGCAAUUCACUUUCUGUUCAUCCCACUGUCCGUGCUGGGACUGCUCGGGUUCUCCUUCCAGCUUGCCAUGCUGUCCGAUUUGAUCAUCCUGAUCAGUUUGCACGCGCACUGCUUCUACAUCUACGCGGCCGUCUUGUACCGCAUCGAAAUCGGCGGCAUCCGGGCGCUCUGCCGGAUCGUCCUGGGCAAAAAGCGCAACGUUCUGCGUGAUCGCGUUGAAUCGCACGAGUACAUGAACCGGCAGCUCUUCCUCGCAACGCUGACCUUCGCCGUGCUUCUUUUUCUCUUUCCCACCAUUCUCGUGUACUACGCGGUCUUUGCCACGCUCCGGUUCGGCAUCUACUGCGUGUCGUACGCGUUGAUGACGGUCCGGCGGAUGAUUUUACGAUUCCCGUUCGACGGGCUGAUCCGGUGGGCACGCGGACAAUACACCCACGUGGACAGUUUGGAGAUUUACAACAUCGGAGCGUACGCCAAGGAGAAUAUUACGAUAAUCUACAUUGCGCCUCGGGCGGACGCCGGCGGAGGGUCGUUUUGGCGGACCGGAAUGGCCUGGAACGGUGAAGCAACGGCAGCCACGACCAAAGGAACCAUCUCGAUCGGACAGUUUUUCGGCAGUCUGGUGCGUGGCGAAAUGGUGCCGUUCAUUCAACCGGACGAAAGCGUCCACCGGAAGGAGAAGGAAGUGUGAAUUUUCGAAGCUAGAGACUGACACCAAAUAAAUAACUAUGAAAUACCCGGA